CGGCCCGCCGCUGCCCCCUGCGCAUGUGCAGAGGCCGCGUAGCAGCGCCCCCGCCGUGGUCCCGCCGCGGGCCGGGCUUCCCCCUCCCGUCCUUCCCCGGCCCUCGGUGGUUCCCGGGGCCAGGCCGGUGCGGCGGGGCUCAGCGCGGCCUGCCCGGGCGGGCCGAGUGUAGCGUUACCGAGUGGGUGUCUCCGGUGCCGCGGGCCCUUUCCUCUGCGCCCGACGAGGCCCCGGCGGCUGUGGUGGCGGCAGCGGGCCUGGGGGAGGCCGGCCCCGCCGUGCGCUCGCCCCGCUGUGGCUGCGAGUAGCGGUUUGGAGUCAAAGCGCCUUUCGUUUUUCCUCUUAAUUUAUUGUUUUGUUUGUUUUGCACAGUACCGGGCAUCUGCGUGUCCGAGUGUCUCAGUCAGUAUAGACUCCGUAGAGUACGGAGAGAAAUCUCUUAACUGCCAGCCAGGGUUUUGCCGGCUUGUACGGGAGAACGAACUUUCUCUGUUGAAAGUGGGACGUGCACUCAGGUUUUUGUCUCCAAGAACAACUCUUUGGCAUGACUUCAGACACGUGUGGUAGGCAGCAUUGUAAGAUCAGUGAUCGAGAGACUAAUGGGAAAAACUCAACUGCCAGUUCGAAUGACUUCAGUGAUCCGGUUUACAAAGAAAUUGCUAUAACCAAUGGUUAUAUCAACAGAAUGACCAGAGAUGAACUCAGAAGUAAACUUGCAGAGUUCAAGCUUGAAACCAGAGGAGUGAAAGAUGUGCUGAAAAAGCGACUGAAAAACUAUUAUAAGAAACAGAAGCUGAUGCAGAAGGAACCCAUUAAUGGAGACAGCUACUAUGACUACAUCUGUGUUGUUGACUUUGAAGCAACAUGUGAAGAAGGAAACCCACCUGAAUUCGUACAUGAAAUAAUUGAGUUUCCUAUUGUCUUACUAAACACGCGUACCCUGGAAAUAGAGGAUACCUUUCAGCAAUAUGUGAAGCCAGAAAUUAAUCCCAAGCUUUCAAACUUCUGCAUCAGCCUGACAGGAAUCACCCAGGACAUUGUUGAUAAAGCUGAUACAUUUCCUCAAGUUCUGCAGAAUGUCAUAGAGUGGAUGAGACAGCGAGAACUGGGAACAAAGUAUAGCUAUUCCAUGUUGACAGAUGGAUCUUGGGAUAUGAGUAAAUUUUUGAACAUCCAGUGCCGUAUUAGCCGUAUCAAAUACCCUUCUUUUGCCAAAAAGUGGAUCAAUAUUCGCAAAUCAUAUGGGAACUUCUAUAAGGUUCCCAGGAAUCAGACCAAGCUGACAAUCAUGCUGGAAAAGCUGGGCAUGAAUUACGAUGGGAGACCUCACAGUGGACUUGAUGACUCUAAAAACAUUGCAAGGAUAGCUAUAAGGAUGCUGCAGGACGGCUGUGAACUGCGGGUGAAUGAGAGAAUGCAUGCUGGACAGCUUAUGACAGUCUCCUCCUCAGCCCCCUUAGAGGGAGCCCCUGCUCCGCAGAUGCCCCGCUACAGAAACUAGCAGUUCAGGGGUUUUGCCUUAGGAACUGCUCUCAGAUACCCGGUAAAGACUGUUCAGAGCUUUUUAACCGGCAGCCUCUGCCUGUCUGCAGUGCAGAAUCUGAAAGCACCUUAACUAAUCAUCUCUGUUGAAAUAAAGAGGAGUGUGGAAGCUCUUUGCUCUUUGAAGCCUGUGUUACAGCAUUUUUGUUAUACUGAUGAUUUUUUUUUUUUGCUGUUGUUCGCAACUUUUCUAGCAGUAAGGUUGAUAUGCGGAAUCCAGGCAAAGCAUUAUGCUUUCAAGAACGUGUAGUUUAAACACAUGCAAAGUUCGACUGGGCCUGUGUGCAGCUGUUCCACCCCAGCCUGUGGGUAGUGUUUAUUCACUGUGCCAUACUCUAAUGAUAUCUAGCAUCUGAUUAUUCAUUGCACACAAAUAAGACAUUGCUGGAAGAACUGAAAUAGCAAGUGGUGUGGUCGGGCUGGCAUUUCCUGAUAAGGCACUCUUCUAAUGGCUCCUGCUGGUAACUUUUUUGUUUUCUUUUACAAAGUCUAGGAGAAAUGGGAGCAUGUUCAUCAAUUCUGAAGCAGUAGACAAGUAGUGUGUUGUUUGGUUUGUCUGUUGUUUUUUUUUUUUUUCUUGAAGGGGGGUAUGUUUUUCUGCUUCCACAUCAAAUAGAAGAGCUGUGUGUUGAAUAAAAAUUCCAUUAAUGCAGUAUGAUAGUAAUUUUUUAACCUCUAUUUAAAAAGAGAAGAUUCUUCAGAUUUUCACUUUGAGAAUCAUAUCUCCUAUUCCUGCUAGACUCAUAGCUGCAUGUCAUUUAAUGUCACUUUCAGACACUGUCAGCCAUUUGGUCCUAAAAAUGAGUGAAGUAAAAAAGUUCAAAAUAUGCCAAAUUGUCAAAAUUUUGUGUUAUGUGGUUGUUACGUAAAACAAAACAAGAAGCUUCUAGCAUGUAGUUAGAGACGCUCAACUAUUUUUGGUACCUUCCCAUACCUCUGCCACCAUGAAUGCCUUUAUCUCAAAAUCUAACAUUGGGAGAUUAGAUCUGGCCUUUACUAAUAAAAUCAUAUUAAUUAUUAACAACUUCUGCUUUCUUCCUAGGGCCCAGAUAAACUGAUAUUCAAAAGAGGCCAAAGUGUUAAUUUGCUUUGUCUCCCUGGGCUGUUCUGAAGCACAACAUUAAUGUGAUCAGCUUUCCAUUCAAAUGGCUUGUUCUGAAAAGCAGAAUGAUGUAUUUUGGUUGCUGCUACUCAAAAAAAGUUAGUUUGGAAUCGCUGUAUUAUAAUUCAUUCUUUCUUUCUACCACUUACAUUCAGGAAACAAAAUAAGCAAUUCAUAAUAAAGCUUUAUUGAGAACAUUC